CUGAGCAAAACCAGCAGCACAGCGACAAUAACGGUUUCGAGAUUCGAGACGCCAUUGAAAUUUCGAGCUCCAUUCUGUCAUUCUGUUAGUGACAGAUACCUCAACAAUCUCGCUCUUUGUUUUUCUUUCGUUUGCAGGAGUGGAAUGAACAGAUUUGGUUCAUUUUCGUGACAGAUCGGAAGCUUAUUGACCUGAGUCUGCCUACUUGGAAACUUUGUUUGAGGAGCAGAGAAGCUGUCUUAUCUUUUCUGAAACACCGAGGAUUCAACCUAAUUUGGAACCAACGAUUUCUAGGGUGAUGGGAAGGAACAUUGCUAAAAGCACCAAUCAUGAAAAUGAAAGUGGUUCUCCUGAGGGAAAUGGCAUCACUCCAAAAACUGGAUCUUCAAAAUCAAAUGAGAAAGUUGUAAACUCUCCUGUAAGCCCUGCAUCAGGAUCUGCUUCUGUUGAAGAAAAUGUCAACCCUGGUAUGCGUAUAUCAUCAAACACCACUAAUUUGCAUUCUCCUCCUCCCAAUGCAAAACAGUCACCACAGCGCAACUCUCCUUUCUCAACACCAAGGCAGCCAAAUAAAUACCAUGAUGAGGAAGAUAAUUGGUCCAUGGCUUCAUCUGCUGCAACAUCAAGAACAGUCAGAUCACGUGUAACAGUUGGAGUCGCUCCCACUUUUAAGAGUGCCCAACGUGCUGCUCAACGGAAAGAGUUCUAUACAAAGUUGGAGCAAAAGCACCAGGCUCUCAAGGCAGAAAAGAUGGAGUAUGAAGCAAGGACCAAGGAGGAGCAAGAAGAAGCUAUAAAGCAAAUGAGAAAAAGCAUGGUUGUUAAAGCCAACCCUGUUCCCAGCUUUUAUCGCCAAGGUCCUCCACCAAAAGUUGAACUUAAAAAGCUACCUCUGACACGUGCAAAAUCACCAAAAUUAUCACGAAGAAAGAGCUGUGGUGACACAACACAUCCAUCAGUUGUUGAUGAGAAAGCUCUUUGUUCACGGGUGCGACACAGCUUAGGGACUUAUAAACCGGUCAGUGCUACUUCAAGCCCGGUCAAGCCGCCCACCACUCAGGGUCGAACCGUCCAUGGCAAUGGCAUGAGCCGAGACCGCACCACCAAGCCGGUCAAUGAACCGGCUAAACCUUCGCCAAGGAAACUGGCUAAGGAGACCAACGCCAACAUCGCUGUUCAGUCAUGACUUUGGGUAAUUUAAGUUUGAAGUGAAAAACAAAAAAAAAAAGUCUUGGAUUCCACUGAUUUUAUAUUAAGUGAAGUUGUAUUUGUGGUUGUAAACUUGUUAGUAUAUAUAUAUAAUAUAUCAUAUUAUUAGAUAGAUAGAUAGAGAGAGAGAGAGAUGUAAACGGUUUUUGUUCUUAUUUCUGCUACACUUGUUUCUUCUUC